AUGGAGGGAGAAGAGCAAUUCGAUGACAAUGGGCUUCCUGGCCCUGGUGCCCCAACCCCGCUUGCUGCGUUAGACGGUGUUGCUGGCUUGACCGCUAGGGAUAUCAAGUUGUUCGUGGACGCAGGAUAUAACACGAUCGAGUCUAUCGCCUACACGCCCAAGCGGUUGUUAGAACAGAUCAAGGGUAUUUCGGAACAAAAGGCCACCAAAAUCCUAGUAGAAGCUUCAAAACUGGUACCUAUGGGAUUCACCACGGCAACCGAAAUGCAUGCCCGAAGAAGCGAGCUCAUCUCCAUCACAACGGGAUCCAAGCGACUUGACACAUUACUCGGUGGUGGUAUUGAAACGGGGUCGAUCACGGAGAUCUUUGGAGAGUUCAGAACGGGAAAGAGUCAGAUUUGUCACACUCUCGCCGUGACCUGCCAGCUACCUUUUGAUAUGGGUGGCGGCGAGGGAAAGUGUCUUUACAUCGAUACAGAGGGAACUUUCCGUCCAGUGCGAUUACUUGCGGUCGCACAGCGAUAUGGUCUUGUUGGUGAGGAGGUCCUUGAUAAUGUGGCAUAUGCACGAGCAUACAACUCGGACCACCAGCUUUCAUUGCUUAACCUGGCCUCUUCGAUGAUGUGUGAGACGCGGUUCUCUCUCCUUGUGGUCGACUCGGCGACAUCUUUGUACCGAACGGAUUUCAACGGUCGUGGUGAGCUCGCCUCUCGGCAGACUCAUUUGGCUAAGUUCAUGCGUGCCUUGCAGCGUCUUGCGGAUGAAUUUGGUAUCGCGGUUGUGAUCACGAACCAGGUCGUUGCCCAAGUUGACGGUGGCCCUAGUGCCAUGUUUAACCCGGAUCCUAAGAAACCUAUUGGUGGUAAUAUCAUCGCUCAUGCCAGUACUACUCGACUCAGUUUGAAGAAGGGCCGUGGUGAGACUCGAAUUUGCAAGAUUUAUGAUAGUCCCUGUCUUCCAGAGAGUGAUUGCCUCUUCGCUAUCAAUGAUAAUGGUAUCGGUGAUCCUAGUGAGAAGGAUUUGGAAGAUAACUUCCCGCCCUUCGAUCUUCCAACCUUUUUACUUCCCCGGCCAUGGAGUGUUAAGUCGAACACACGUCAAUCAAUCAUGGCGAAAAUUUACAAAGACUCAAGGGUCGACCUUCGACCCUACUCGCCCACCACUGUCGCCAACAUCCAAAUUCCGACUCAAGACGCCGUCCGUCGUCCACGGUUUUCGAUCUCAUCCUCCGACCAAGAACUCCCAAUCGCCAAAGAUGAAGAUGAAUUCGCCAGACGUCACCUUGCGACACAGGGUGAGGUCUACUUCCGCAAGCGCAGAGUGUACCCGAGGACAUUUUUGUGGAGGGUCAUCAAUGACAACAAAGUGCUGGAGAUCCAGUGCGCGGACCUGACCAAGGGUGGGACGGAAGUUUACGAAUACAAUGUGACUUUGCGACUGGAUUUCCAGGAGCAGAUUCUCCCCUUCGGAGUUGAGUUGUCUGACUCCGAGGAUCACGAAAUCAUCAAUGUCUUUGUGAUCACUGCCUCUAAGCAUCUUCACACCCUAUCUCUACGCCCAGAAUUCUUCCGCAGGACCUCCUCAAUCGAUGAAAAUGUGAGGGACUGGUGCAAGAUCUGCCUCCCCGCCCCCUUGGCCUUCUCGAACCCCCACCGACUACACGCGAGCAGUCCCCUGGAAUUGUUCAUCUCUCUCGAUAAUGGCGCGCUUUUACGGUUGACCCGCAGAGCUGGCGACGAUGGCUCACACUGGUCUCCUCUUACCUUCGACGAACGAACAUGGGGCUCUUCACUUCGAGGCCUUGUCAAAUGGAACGCACCAUCCUCGAUCAAACACGACGGACGCAAUCUUGAUUUGAAUGUCGCAAAUGCUAUUGCAACCACAUCCGAUGAGACAUAUGUCUUCGCGAUUUGUUUGAACCACACACUGAAGAUCUGGAAUCUAGCAACGAACAAGUUGGCAGCCACAAAGGAUCUCCUAGGACGGUCGCUUCAGGAUCCGGAUCUUGUAUCGUACACGCUGAACCCCGCCGAGACAUCAUUUAUGCGCGUAUUCAAUGCCGAGCGAGCUAUGGAUGGUGGACAUCGCUUCUACGUCGUCACAUAUUCGCCAUUUGAGGACGGCAAGUUCAAGUUCUGGGCUGUCAAGGGUGGCCUGACAUCCGAACUCAUUAUUGAGGAGCUCUUCGCAGAUGCUGUCUUCCGACCUGUGGACCCGGAUGCUACAGGUAACAUGUUCUGGAACAUCGCUGAUUUCCAGGUCAAAUCCCGGGAAGAAGGCAAGGGAAUGGAGUUGUGGGUGCUCUGGAGAAACCACGGUCUUUACCAACUCUACACUCUUCAUUUCAAUCUCCAAACUCUAGUUACGGAUUGGGCCUCCAACUGGGUUUCGACGACAUUUGAAACCCACCGACAAGAAUUGCCUCCACCUCUGGUCGUGGAUGAUGUGGUGGACCCCACUGAAAAGUGGCUACAAUAUCUCCUGCAGCCGAACAGAUACUUGCCGGAAGUCCUUGAGACUGCUCUGGCCGUUUAUCAGGAGGCCAUAAAACCACUCUCGUCGGCUUCAUCUGCAGUUGUGAAAAAGAGCCUGCCUCUAGCGGAGCGACUCUGCUCUACAAUAGCAGCGGCAGUCUCUCUUCGGAAAUUUGCCGACGAUGAGAUGGACUACUCCCGGUAUACUUCAGAUACAGAUUCAAGGUGGCGUCAGUUCUGGCAAGUCGCGGAAGAUCUUAACAAGCGCCGAUUCGAGCCAAUUUCUCUCGCCUAUGAUUCAUACACCGAUAUGCCAUGGCUCGUUCUGUCAGACUCCUGUGCUGUGGUGCGGGAAUGUAGCAUUACUGAAUUGUUCUUGCAUAAUUCCAGCUCCGAACUCAGCGACGGAGUGCCGAAGAUGCUGGAUCGCUGGAGGCACCGCAAUGUUUCACGAGAGCUGGGCCCAAAUUUCGAAACAGCCUCUGGAUUGUUGAAAGUGGCAUCUGAUUUCCGGAAACGAUUCUCACCAGAGCUUGACGGGGCGUGCCGAGCCGCUCUCCAGGCCGAAAUUUUUUCUGAACCUUCAUCGUCGAUCCUGGACCGCAUGGAGAACUUCCGAGAGCGUUGUGACUUUGCCAACCAAAUUUCCAACAAAGCCUUUGAUAGUCUAGAUGCGGCCCUAAGUGAACACAUGAGAACCGAUUGCUUGUCCAUGGACGCGUUCCUUGCUAUUAUUCAAACCGCUUCCCUUCACUUCUGCGGGGAAGACUCGGAGCUCGCUUCAACCUGCUUUGGCGCCCGCGUUCUUGUCAGUGGUGCGCAGGAGACUAUUUCGAUCUCUCGUCAAAUCUUUUUCGAUCUACUAAUCCUAGUCACAUUCGUAGACGGUGAAUGGGAACAGACAAGCAAGUCUGACUUCGAUGCGUCCGACCUUUUCUCAAUGCUUGUCGAUCUCCUGCGUGAAUAUGAGAUGAUGGCUUGGCUCAGUUCGAAUGUUCGCAAAUGCCCCGACAAUGCAAGCAAGUCCCGUGUCGAUCCUAUGCAGCGAUAUUCACUGAAGGACAACUCAAAGACCAGCAGUCAACGAACUGCCAGCAUUCUGGAGGAUCUGUUUGUUACCGAUAUCAAGCCCCAGCAAGCGAUCGACUCCCCACAAAGUUACACAUUGACUUUGGGGAUCAGAGAUGUCGUGGCCUGGAUUACCCGCGAGGGUGAGGUGAACUAUCAAAACGCAGUGGCACACAUCCAGUGCGACCUGAUCGCCAAGAACAACAUCGAUCUUGCAUGGGACUUCCUUCGUUUCCAGGCAAGUACUGCCUGGUCGACGUAUGUCAAGGGUCGCUUGCAUGUGGCUAUGUCAGAAUUUGAUACCGCAGCAAUCUACUUCCGCAAGGCAGCUUACCUGCUCUCUUGCGGCAAGCCAAUGGGCAACCUUUCCGACAUGUCAGCAGAGCUAUUAGACCUCCUCGAUGUCGACUGCUUCCACAACGGCCUUGCGAAAUACUACCAGCACAUCCUUUCAAUCUUUGAAAAAGUGCGCUCAUACUCCCAUGUCGCGGACUUUGCCAGCCUGGCGCUGCAGGCCCUCGACUCUGAAAUCUGGGCUGAGAAAGACGCCGAAUACCCGACGGUACGCGAUGACCUAUUGUCUCGUCUGUUCACUGGGGCUCUCAAAACUUGCCAGUUUGACAAGGCAUACUCCGCUCUUGCUAGGCUGCAGGAUCUCAAACUACAAAGAACCGAGCUUAGCGAACUCAUCUCCACCAUCCUGGCAGUCUCUGGACCCGGCACUGCUGGUCUCAAGCAGAUCCUCCGUUUCCCCACCUCUCUUGUUCCCAACAUCGCAUCUUUCAUCGACGAGAUCCUCGUUCACCUGACCCGCAAACAGACGACCAAUGUCUUAUGGUUGGAUGCGGACAACAAAAUCUUCCCAGCCACCCCCGACUACACCCGCAUUCUCCAAGCCUAUCGCAUUGCUCGCAGUGACUACCGAGGCGCGGCCGAAAUCGCCUACCGUAAUGUCCAGCGCCUCCGCAAAGCACGAGAUGCCCCGUCCUCAGCCCUCACCCUCAAAAACAGGGAAGCAGAGGAUGCAGCCCGGUCACCAGUCGAGGAAGACGAUGCCGAAAGCAAGGAAAUUCGUCAUGAGUUGUUAUCCUUAAUCAACCUCCUCGCUUGUGUCGAUAAAAGCGAAGCAUACAUCCUCGUCGAGAACGGUCCCCCAAUCAGCGCAGCCCCAGUUUCCCCCCAUGAAAGACGUCCAAGCACUCAACCCGAUGAAGAUGGAAACGUCUCCAUGGAAGACGUUGACGCUACCUCCCCAACACCUGGAGACAAGCGUCGAUCAUCUAAUGCUGUGGCUUUCGCACCAACCCACCGCAGAACAAGCAGCAAAUCUUCCGCCAUCGAACGACGCAACAGCACCGUCUCCUUCGAAGUUCCCGCGACAAAUAACUUGCUUAAGCGUCGUAUCAUCGUCACGCUCGAGCAUCUGCGUCGCGAAUUCCAGUCCGAGCUCGACCGCGUCAGCAGGAUUGAGCGUGGAGAUUGGGAAUUCGGUCUUGACGAUGUGAAGGAUGUGGAUAAUGAUGAAACGAUGGUUCUGUAG